GCCUUUUACCCGUUUGAAUUCUGCUGAUGAAAACUGGACGAGUCUAGGGUUUCAUCCCCCUGCUUUGCUCGCUGCUGGGGCAACUCAAAGUCCCGGUAUUAAUCUCCUAAUCAAAGGCCCCAAGCAAUAUUCCACCACUCCACUGCCUCAUUAAAGAAGGUGUAAAAUAGAAAUGAGCACAACAAUACAGAGAACUCCCAAAUCCGGGAGGCAGUCUUUAUUCUUCCAUGAUUUAGCUACACCGGUUUCAUCUAGAAAACCUGGCGGAAAAUUUGCAACCCCGGGUCAGGCAGCCGCUGUAUCGGCCCUAUGGCGUGAAAAUUUUGCCAACUCUGAUCUUCCGCCUCCACCAAUGUUCACUCUUGAAGACCGGUCGGAUUUAUCUCCAGAAUCUGGAAUUCCUGACUAUCCAGUUUCUCCUGGGGUCGGGUCAGAUCCAAGAACACCACUGCGUAGUUUUGGCAGGGAGUUUUCAACUCCUAAGAGCAAGUCUGGACCCAGCACUUCUUAUGCUACUACCAUGGGAAAGCAGCAGCAGCAGCAGAGUCAGCAAACCCCAGUGGCAAGUUUGAGUUGGUGGUCGCCUUCGAAGAGUGGUGGUAGUACUGAGCAGGAGGAUAAGGGAAAAGGCUCACCUGUUGAAGGUGUAGUUCAGCCUGGUGCAUUAAUUACCCUCCCACCCCCUAGGGAGGUUGCAAGACCAGAGAUGAAGAAGAAUUCAGUUCCCAUAGGUAGCCUGGAUGAGGAGGAGUGGGUGACUGUCUAUGGAUUUUCUCCAAUAGACACCAAUUUAGUGUUGCGGGAAUUCGAAAAGUGCGGGGUGAUUCUGAAACAUGUCCCAGGACCAAGAGAUGCUAAUUGGAUGCACAUUCUCUAUCAGAAUCGCGCUGAUGCUCUAAAAGCCCUCAGCAAAAAUGGGAUGCAAAUAAAUGGAGUUCUCAUCAUUGGGGUGAAACCUGUGGAUCCAAUGCAACGCCAGGCUCUGAAUGAAAGGAUCAACAAUCUAGGAUUCAUGACUUUACCCCCUGCACCGUCUAAUCGAAUCUCAGAGUCAAAUUUAUCUAGAGCUUCCCCUCAUCCAUACUAUCUUCAGAAUGGAAGUGCCAGCAAACAAGCAGGCGGGACUGUUGCCGCUCCUGCCAAAUCCUUGGUGUCUAAAGUUGUGGACUUGAUGUUUGGUGUCUAAUUCAUUUGUAUAAUGUCUCUGUAGUCAAUUGCAAUUUUCGACAUUCCCUCUCCCAGCACUGCAUGCGGCUGUCUCAAUCACUUCCCAUUUGGUUGAGUUUAAACGUUUUUUUUUUCUGAGUUUUACUUUAUAUUGAGUAGCAGUAAUUUGGGCUGGUUUGGGAGAAA